AACCCAAACAGAAGCCACAGCAGCAGAGCUGGUUUUGAACUUCUCCCUCUGGUGUUGACAGUUUGAACUGAAUGAGGUGCGGUCCUCUGCCUUUGCUGUUUUGUAAGUGCUGCUGCUGCCGGGAUGGGCCAGCAGAUCUCAGGUCAGUCGGUGAUGACCCGUCUGCCUGAGAAGCUGGUGAAACACGUCGGCCUGGUGCGUGACAGUGGCUACCUCAACUAUGAAGAGUUUUUGGGACGAGUGGCCGAGCUUAAUGACGUUACGGCCAAGCUUGCUGCCGGACAGCAGAAGCACCUGCUGUUUGAGGUGCAGCCAGGAUCUGAUGCAACAGCCUUGUGGAAGGUGGCCGUCAGGAUCGUGUGUACCAAGAUCAACAAGGAGAAUGGUUCGUUGGAAGCAUCGCGGAUCAUGAACCUGUACCAGUUCAUCCAGCUGUACCGUGACAUCACCAGCCAGGCUGCUGAGGUGCUGUCUGCAGAGGGCGCCAGCCAAGGCCCGUCUUGCCAGCUCCCUUCCACAGGCUCCUGCCAGGCCAGCAUGUGGAUGGGCAGAGUGAAGCAGCUGACUGAUGAGGAGGAGUGUUGUAUCUGCAUGGAUGGGAAGGCCGACCUCAUCCUGCCCUGUGCGCACAGCUUCUGUCAGAAGUGCAUUGAUAAAUGGAGUGGGCAGAGCCGAAACUGUCCGAUAUGCCGCCUGCAAGUGACUGCUGCCAAUGAAUCGUGGGUAAUGUCUGAUUUUCCCACAGAGGAUGACAUAGCUGGCUAUAUCCUCAACUUGGCUGAUGAGGCAGGCCACCCACACAGGCCUUAAAACACUGUACCAAUAAGAUCCUAGAUAAGGGACAUUGACCCGUAUCAAGGAGACUUCACUACACAAAAUGUCACUUUUUAAUGAGGCAGAGAUUUUUUUUCUCUUUAAUAGCUGGCAAUGCAGAGGAAGCCCCUUUGGUUCCCUAAUCUUUACGUUCUGACAGGUUUGGAACAUGAAACCAGUAACCAAUCAUUUAACGGGUUCCCUCUUUCCAGCAGACGUCUUUAAAAUUAAUCCGCAAAAUAUCCUAAAAAUGGCUCUUAUCUAACUGUAAAUCACCAGUAUUUUUCUAAAAAAUGUGGACACAAUUUAGUACUAAUUGAGGGAAAUGGAGAUGGUCUUGCUGGUGUUGUUGAGAUUUUGCUUGUUCUAUCUGUGAGGGAAAAUAAGAAAUAAUGUAGUAGGUAUGAAAAAAAUACUUCUAUCAACUGACUGAAAUAUAACUGUGAGGUCUCUGAAGUUUUAUCGCAUGUAGCGUUUUAUUUGUUUAUCAUCAUUCCUAUCGGUUUGAGACACAAAACUAAGAAAUUUCCAAAGCGGAUGGAAAGUACAGAUUAGCCGGAAUUUACCAUAUAUAUAUAUAUAUAUAUAUAUAUCAGCGAGGAAAGAAUACCCUGUUGAGCUUGACAAUAUAUAUAUAUAUAAAUUAUUCAAUCGAUCUAUGAUUCAUGGCCUUUGAAAGAUAAAUCCAAAUAUGGAUUUAUCUGUUUGUCUUUCUAGAUAACUGAGAUAGAGGAUAUUAGUUUUUUUAAGCAGGAAAUUGUGAUUUACAGCUAAAUGCCAGCUAAAUUGUAGAGCAUUUUGAGUAAAGUUUUCAGGAAAUUAGCUGUAAAAUAUAUUAUCCAUAAAAUAAUGUGUUAACACUCGACUCACUUAAAAUUCCAGGAUGCUAUUUGUAACCCAUGUAUUGUAGAUGUGGUGCUUUAUGUGAUAAUUUACAGUCUAAAGUGAAAAUUCUGUAUUUUCAGUAUAUUAUAAUAGAUAUAAUAAUCAAAUUUAACUCACAGAAUAACCAGGAGCACAGCUCUUACAGCUCAAAAAACAUUAGGUCCAGACAAACUAGACACUUUAAAAUAUGAAUGCUGAUCUGAGGUGAAGUUUUCAUGUUAAUAUCAUACAAAAGAGGUGAACUCAUAUCACCUCUCAUAUCAAGGGAGGGCUGAUGAAUAUGAUUCCUCGCAGAGAUUUGAUUGAAAUGUUUGAUACCACUCUUAUGUCUGUCUUUGGUUACCUGACAACAUCUCAGAGCCAAGAAAUAGUCUGGUCCACAACAUAAAACAGCCAACUGACAAGGUUCUAUUGUAAUUUUUAUAUGGAUGUGUUGAUAAGUGAGCUUUAGAGAUGCAGGCUGGAGCUGUCUGUGUAACUUACCAAUUUGAGAGUGGGGUCGAUCUUCUCAUCCGGCUCCAGCUGAUAACAAAUAAACAUGUUUCCUGAAAUGUAGAACUUUGGCUUCAUGUGCAAAUCUUAGACACUGACACGCAACUUUUUCCUCCAGAGUAUCUGGUCGAACAGUAAAGCCAAAUGUAUUUUGCACAUAUAAAACUGAUAUGUAGUCUGUGUUAUGUAACCCUGCAUGUUUAUACCCCAGAUGACACGCCGUAUAAGCUGUCAUGUGAACAUGUUAUAAACUGAUGCUCUGAUCCACCUCGGACCUGACUCUGGGUGCAAGACUUAUUAGUUUUACAUGAUUGUAAUAACUUGGCUAGCUGUACUGUCUUUUUUACUGCUGGAAUUAACCACUAAUUGUGAUUUUUGCUGUUCUCAUCUUUAAAUGUUUUAUAGUAUAUUUUUUCCAUUAAAUAAUUAUACAAUAUUAAGAUUAUUUUAUUGAAAGUGCUGGAGUAGUACUGUUUUUUCAUAUUUCCAAAGCUGUUUGUUUGCUUUGAUUUGGCAUGCCAUUAAUUCAGGAUUUAUUGAGACGGCCAGCUUUUAUUGACUCUGACCUCUUAUAGGAUCACAGUAAUGCAGAACAUUUUCUUUUCCAAAUGAGUGAAAUCACAGGAAGCACCUUUAGUAAAGUGGUUGUGAUUAAUGUGAAGUGGAUUCCAUGCUGAAGUAUUUGAAGAAAUGUGAAUAUGUAUCAACCUAAUUUGAAUAAGAUUCAUACAUUUAUGUUUUAAUAAAGUCUGAUGCUUUAUUUAAAGAUGUGGAAUAAAUAAUUGCUAAUA